AGCCACUUGAAGUUCAACCUGACUCUACUACUUACAUACUGACAUUGUUUAUAAACGUACAAUGCCUCCUGCCUCCGCCACUUCCUCGAAAAGAACAACGCGCAGUAACACGUCGAUGUUCGGCUCUAAACCGUCUUCGUCGGAUGCGUCGUCUACCCAGGCAAAAGAACACCGGGUUCCCACACGGCCCUUCACCUUUUCCACCAACUUGCCUGCCAAGAAUGACAAACCAACUUCACCGGAACCUACCACCUGGCCUUCGAGCCCAGCGGCACCAGAAACGGAACCACCUGCAACAGAGGAAAAUGCAAAGGAAGGCCAGGAGCAGGCUAAGAAGAAUCAGUCACCUGAUGUCGACGUGACUUCGCCACUGUACGACUUGUCAGACGUAAAGGAUGCCAUUGAGGAGCUAGAACAUUUGAAGAAGGGUAGUGCAAGCGAAAGUACGGAACACGAAAUGCGAACGGCACCGCUUAUUACACGCGAGGCAUUUGUUGCAGCGGGGUUCAAAGAUCGAGUUUUGCAAUAUGGGGUUCUUGGGGAAACCCUUUCUAUCCACUCAAAGUCAGGAGCUCAUGUACCAAUCGAUCCGCGGUUAUACAUCAAUACUGUUCCUGGGAAAUCGCAUACCGUAUCCACUUCGAUAGGUUCUCUGGACUAUGCACUUUCUGGGCUGGUCCUCCACUUCGGCGAGGGCGGCCCUGCGUCCCGCCCUUGCGAAGCUGCCUGGGUAGGUGCUUCUUCCCAACCAGGUGUGAAAGCCCCAAGGGUGAAAGUAUACUCUAUUUAUGCUCCCCUGGGGGAUCGCGUGCGGGUUUCCCCUCUCCUAUUCAAUGAAUCGGAAUUGGAUGCACAAGCGAUACUGUCUAUGAUGGCAGUGGGUUCGUCAGAAUCAGCACCAUUGUACAUGCAGAUUGUCCUGAGCAUACUGCGUGACCUAGGAGAAAAAUUCUCGUACAAGGCAUUUUUGACACGGCUAGAAGCGGAAAAGAAAAGCUUCAAUCCUGCUCAAGUGGCAGGGCUUGAGCAACGCCUUGCACUGCUGAAUUCUUUCAUGGAGCCCCAAGCUCCUCCGCACUCGCGGAGUUCCUCCAAGAAAUCGAAAACUCACCGCUUCUCUGAAGGCAAGCUGACCAUCAUCGAUCUAUCAGACCCAUUUAUUGAUCCUGCUUCGGCUUGCGGGCUGUUUGAGAUUGUCACACGUUUGUUCGUACGAGCGGACGUUGAUACGGGUAAGGUCCUGGUGGUAGAUGAGGCACACAAGUACCUCUCAGUGAGCAGAGGAGCCUCUGGCUUAACGAAUGCAUUGUUGACGCUUACCCGGGAGCAACGACAUCUCGGAUUGCGGGUUAUCAUCAGUACGCAAGAACCUACUGUAAUUCCCCCCGUUCUCAUGGAUUUGUGUACGGUUGCGAUCAUGCAUCGUUUCUCGUCACCCGCGUGGUGGGACCAUCUUGCGCGGCACGUGGCUACGGAUGUGUCAGCUGACCAAGGUUUUGAGACAGUUGUUAAACUGAAGACUGGAGAGGCCUUGGUGCUCGCCCCGUCCGGUCUUGGUGUCUAUCCUGACGAAGAUCACUGCCCCGCGGAGAAAUCGGAUAAUAAUACUGAGAAACAGUAUGCAAAGGGGAAGACCCCAUUAAAGCUCGGCCAGUUUGGGAGACGCUUUUUGCUUAUGAAGACCCGCGCACGGAUAACAAAAGACGGGGGAGCCUCCGUGUUAGUCGUCAACUCGGAUUCUGGGGAUAACGAGGGCGACAGCGAGUGAGGGUGCUGGGAUUUACUGUUGGCAUCUUUAUGAAACGCGAAAUAAUCUAAUACCUGAACACGAUACCUGUCCUUGUUAGCGGACAUAAUUUUUACGGUACUACAUACUUUGUGCAAUAUACAUAGAUCUCCGGACAGGGGCGUUCUUC